AUGGAGGAGAUGCAUUACAUAGACUGCUACAGUACUAAGAAAGAGCCCGCAGCGGCAGAACAAAGAGCCACGGAUAAUUGGGGCUACUUUGAGGCAAAGCGAGAUGAGAGUGUUUUCUUCCGGACUGCACUCUCGACCGCGGAGGACACCAUUGCGGAUCUCAAAGCAAAGCUCGUAAAUGCGGAGCACGCGAUCACCAAUUUGAGGACCAAAUCCACAAUCGUCGAGAGCAAUAGCACUGAUGCCGUCGUCAAAGCUUUUUGCUUGAGAGCAAGACGCAUCAUGGAUUCACCCAGCGUCCCCCCGGGGGAUCGCUUCCUCAACGCACGGGGCCAAGCUUCGAAGCGCAAAGUCACAGAUCACAAAGCCAGAAAAGCGCUGAAUCGGUUCCGCGUUCCUUCACAGGGUCGCCUCCUCCCUCCUAUGACGAAGAGUCAAGCCUCGAACUAUUUCAGGGCGACCCUCUCUACGAAAGCGUCUCGCGUCCCCUCGUGGAAUCACUUACCCAACAUCGGUAUGCACAGCCUGGUUGCGAAACGCGAGUUCCUCCUCGUUCAUCAUCUGCGCAAACUUCUACGACAUGCACCUGUCCACCAACAUCUGAAGGCGACUACCAACCAGUCUACGAUAGGAUUGAGGAGAACGUUAUAG